AUGGUCAUCGUUCAUGGCGUGUCUACUGCCAUCAAUGUUGACCUACUCUCCAGGCCAGAGGCCUUCCUUUGGCUCAAGAGGCGCGUCGUCGCAGGUGAACCACGCCCUCAGCUCCUUGGUCUCGUUGAAGGGGCCGUGGCCAGCUCGGUGCACCUCCACGGCCUGGGCCGUUUCUGCGUGGGCCUGUACAUCCCUGAGCCUGACCUGUGCGGCCACUGCUGUCGGUUCGGGCAUCAGAGCUGGAAGUGCAAGUUGGCGCCGCGCUGCAGGUACUGUUCUGAGAGGGUCAUCCUUCCUCCCGCUGCCUGGAGAAGAUACGUGCUGGCACCAGAGUCGUCCUGCUGUGCUUCAACUGGGGGGACGACCACAACGCCUCUUCGCGCCGCUGCCCUGUUCGGCCCAGGCCCGUCAGGGAGCCACAGAUCCCGGGCACCACUGUCGGCCCCUCCAGGGUGGUUUUUCCGGCCCGCCCCAGCUUCGCAACACAAUGCUUGGGCAAAUGGCACCCUGUCCUGGUACGACUUCCCUGCUCUGCCUCUGCCAGCCGCCCAGCCAUCAGCAUUUCCGCCCCUGCCUGGCGCAGCUGCCCCAGCCCAGUCUGGGAUGGCUCACCCUCCCGUCCCUGCCACACGGCCAUCUGUCCCUGUGCCACCUAGGACUGCCCCUUACUAUGCUGUUGUGGUAGGGGCUGAGGGUGCAGCCCCCGCAUCGCAGGCUGCUGGCGUGCCUGCGAUUCUCCAGGACGUGGUGCAGCUCCUGCUGGAAAUCCGGGCCGAGGUCAGGGACUUGCGUGUGAGGGUCACUGCCUUGGAGCGACAGCGGGACGCAGCGAGCCCUCCGCCCCAACCAAUGCCCGGCCCUGUCCAGCCAGUGUCCCAACCUGCCCGCAAGAACCAGCCCCAGAGUGUGCCGGCCAGUCCCCGGCCCCAACCAGUGUUUGCUAGGGUCCAGCCUGCCCCAGAUAACAAGCUCCAGAGUGCGCCAGCCAGCCCGCGGCCCCAGCCAGUGUCUGUCCCGGUACAUCCUUUGCCCCAGUCUGCCCCUGAUACCCAGCCCCAGGGUGUGCCGGCUAGUUCUCGGCCCCGGUGA